AUGAAUUAUUCCGAUGCUUUAACACAUUGUCAACAAUCACUAGAAAAAUUUCAUGAAACAAAAAAUUCUAUUGUACUUGCUGAAACAUAUUAUCUUAUGGGAAAUAUUUUUCAAAACCAAACAAAUAAUGAUAUGGCUAUUGAAUGUUAUGAAAAAUCUUUAGUCUAUCAAAAGAAUAUUUAUUCAGACUCUCAUCCAAUACGAAUAAGAACAUGUGAUAGUCUCGGUGAAGUUUAUUUUUUAACUGGAAAAUACCAAUUAGCGCUCAAUCACUUCUUAGAAGUAUUAAAAAAUAAACAAUCCAAUCAAAAUGAUGAAGACCUCUGUAUAUUACAUGGUAGUCUUGCAUGUUGUUAUCAUAUAUUAAACCAAUAUGACUUUGCACUUGAGCACGCUAAUUUAUCCUUAACUAUUAGUGAAACAUCAUUAAAUAUAAAAGACAUUGAAGUUUCAUAUAUACUUUUGGGUGAAAUUUUUGAUGAACAACGAAAAUUUAAUUUGAGUGUUGAAUAUUACGAAAAAUUGAUGAUUAAAUCAAUAGAAUAUAAUAAUUAUGAAAUGAUGAAAACGGCAUGUUCAAAAUAUAUAUCGAGUAUAACUUAUCUGAUAAAUGAAGAAAACGAAGAAAAUUUUGAAAAAAAUAUAAAAAUCUUAUCAAAUUUUUAUGAAAAAUAUGUAUUUUUAAAUGAUGUUUUAGUUUAUGAUGAUUUACAUCGAAUCAUAAUCAAUAUAUCAGUAAUAUAUUUAAAAACGAAAAAAUUUUCAUUAGGUAUUCAACAAUUUAAAUAUAUGUUAAAAGAUAUUGAAAUAAAAGCAAAUAAUUAUGACAAACAAAAAAUAACUAUCUUUUUAUUCACACGAAUUGCAUGGUUAUAUGAAAAAGAUGAAAAAUAUGAUUUGGCUGUUAAUCAAUACCAAUUAACAUUAAAAAACUUUCAAACGUUUGAUAAUAAUAAUAAUUUAACAGAUUUUGUUAUUGAAACAUUUAUUGAAUGCUAUGAAUGUAUUGGCAGAUUAUAUCAUCAAUUAAAAGAAUAUAAUUUAGCUAUUGAAAAUCAAAUCGAAGGUUUAUUUUUUAUUAAAAGACUUAAUAAAAAUCAAUACGAACAAGAAAUAUUUAAUUUCAAUUAUACUAUUGCAAAUUGUUACAUUGAGUUAGAAAAAUAUGAUUUAGCUCUUAUUUAUUAUACAAAAUGUGUAGAAAUUGAAAAACAAUGUUCUGUUGAUGUAGAUGAUUCAGAUGCAAGUAUAUAUAUGUAUGAAAUUGUUGCCGAUUCAUAUUAUAAAAAUCACCAAUAUGAUUUAGCUAUUGAUUGUUAUGAAAAAGGUUUACAUAUUUUACAAUUAGAUAAUGAUCAACAAUCUUCCAUAGAAACUGCUCAAUUUCAUUAUAAAAUUGGCUGCUGUUAUAAAAUGCAAAAAGACAGCGAUUUAUUUAUUCAUCAUUUUCAAAUAGCUUUAAAAAUAUUAGAAGAUGAUCAGUCAAAUGAUAACAAACAACAACUAAUUGAUAUUUAUUUUGAGUUAGGAUGGUGUUAUCAACAAAGUAAAAAAUAUGAUUUAGCUAUUGAAUAUUUUCAAAAAAUGUUACUUAGGGUGUACCAAAAGUUCUGA